CCGUGGCAUGUGGACUUCCCCGCAUGUGGGCUGCCUCGGUAUUCUUAAUUCGAUGUAUCUAACUAUGUUCGUAACAUAGAUGACAUGUCGUUGAUGUCCAGAGAGAACCUUCCUGUACUCGUGAUGUAGCACCGGGACACUCGGAACCGAACGACGAGCCCCUGUCUGCGCACUCACUGACUAACGGCACCGAACUCCCACCACCGUCUCAAACACCUGCGUUUUGUCUCCACCACAAACAAAGGCAACUGAAGUCACCGCGCGGCAUGUCGUUCUCGGUGACUCUCUCAUCACCCCUCUCUCUCUCAUCAUUAACUCAGUCUCAACGGUCUGAGUUUCUCUCCAAUUCAUCUGUCAAAUUCUCCCUCCGACAAUUCCACUCUUUCCAUAAGCCUCCUCUCCUCCAAGCCUCUAGAAGAGCCUCCAAUUUCCCUCAGGGAAGUGAAGGUAUCAUUGACGAUACUCGCAAUUGGAGCCGUUCGAUCAGCCCCGAGUUCGAUGAUGACGAAGAUGAUGACGACGACGCCGACGAAGACGAAGAUAGGAGCUUGGAUCUGCUGGUUCGGUUUGUUGAAAAUAUGUUCAAGAAGAUCUCGAGGCGAGCCCGUAAGGCCGUACGAUCUGUUUUACCUGUUCCUAUAUCUUCCAAACUGGUAGGGUUUUCUGUUAACGGAGUCUUAAUACUGGCAUUUCUGUGGGUUUUGAAGGCAUUUCUUGAGGUUGUUUGCACCCUUGGAAGUGUAGUGUUUGUAUGCAUACUACUUAUUCGUGGUUUAUGGACGGGGGUAACUUAUCUACAAGAAAGCCGCUACCAGAAGGUGAAUGAAUUUGAUGAUGAUCGCCGUGCAUGGACAGGUUCGCAGCCUGCAACUUGAUUGAACUCUCCAGAAUUAGGAAAUGUUAAAAAACAUCAAUAAUGGCACACAUAAUUAGAGGAACUGUCAGAAUCAAGGAUGAUGAGAUUGCAUCAGAGUAUUUUCAUCUUUGGAAGUACCUGUUGUGCUUGUGAUGAAUACAAUGAUGGCUUCAGCAUUUUCAUCAGAGCAUGAAGACCCAGAAUAACUUAUUCUUGCGAUCAUGUGUAAUACAUUUACGGGUGCUUGCAUCUCCUCGAGCUUAAUCGUUGUCAUCUGCAUCCCUUGAAAUAUGUAGGGUCUGUUUUGUUUCUCAUGACAUUUUUAGUUACUUGGCCAUCCUACUUACGAGAUGUUCUACAUGUUUGGUUUCCUUUA